AUGUUGCAUCGGUCUCGGUCUCUCUUAACUAUGUCUGCUCCUCCCAUGGCAAUCAAAUCAUGCUAUGCUGAUUGUGGGCAAACCCUUCAUACAGGUUUUCAAGCUGGCUGUGCGCAAUUUACACAAGCUAUCAUCAAUGCACAGAACUUUUAUUUUGUUCUUUUGCCAAAUGGAUUUUGGAUAGGUUAUACCCCUUACCACGGCUGCUUCUUAAUCUUGGAUAUAUUUCUUUUUAAACAAAGGGCCAACUGA